UAGUUUCGCUCGAAACGUUGACGUGUCUACAUAUAUCGCUUUUAUUUCGUGUUCGUGUUCGGGCUUUCUGCCGCUCUUUGAGUGCGUUUGUACAAGUUUGUUUUGGUGGUUACAAGGAGUGGGCCAAAAGGACACGGUGACAUCAUGCCACCCACAAUAACAGCCAAUAAGUCGCAUGACUUCAAGGCGCACUACGAUCUCGCCCACAUGCAGGAUGGCGAGACAGACGAUGCCUAUGUGCAGAGAAUAACGCGAUACUCUGAUGGAACUGUCAAGUUGCGCAACUCGAAUAUUGAGCUGAUGGACCAGGAUAUUCUCUACCAUCUGGCCUUGGGCAGUGAGAGCCAUGAUCUGCAGGAGAUGUUUGGCGAUGUUAAGUUCGUUUGCAUGGGCGGAACACCAAAGCGCAUGGAGAACUUUGCACACUUCAUUAUGGACGAGAUAGGCUACAAGCUGCCCGCUGGCACCCAGCUGCAGGACAUCAGCGCCUACUCGUAUCGCUACUCGAUGUACAAAGUUGGUCCGGUGCUUUGCGUCAGUCACGGCAUGGGAACGCCCUCGGUCAGCAUUCUGAUGCACGAGAUGAUCAAGCUGAUGUACCAUGCCAAGUGCAUUGAUCCGAUCUUCAUACGCAUCGGCACCUGUGGCGGCAUCGGCGUCGAGGGCGGCACUGUCAUCAUCACCGAGGAUGCCCUCGAUGGUCAGCUGAGGAAUUCCCAUGAAUUUACCAUUCUGGGCGAGACCGUGCACCGGCCGGCAAAGUUGGACAAGAAGCUGGCCCGUGAGCUGAAAUCCCUGCACAGUGCCGACGAUCCCUAUGACACCAUCAUCGGCAAGACCCAGUGCACAAAUGAUUUCUACGAGGGCCAGGGCCGUCUGGAUGGCGCCUUCUGCGAGUUCACCGAGAACGACAAGAUGGCCUAUCUGGAGAAGCUGCGCGACCACGGCGUGGUCAACAUCGAAAUGGAGAGCACCAUCUUCGCAGCCCUGACCCACCAUGCCGGCAUCAAGGCAGCCGUCGUCUGUGUGGCACUGUUGAAUCGUCUGAAUGGCGAUCAGGUCAACGCCCCCAAGGAGGUCAUGCACGAGUGGCAGCAGCGCCCCCAGAUACUGGUGUCACGCUACAUACGCAAGGUGCUGACCCGCGAUGGCCAGCUGAAGAAUUUGUUCGGCCAUCAGGGAUCGAUAAAGUCGCCUCGUCGCUUCAAGCUCGUGCAGCAGGAGUCCCAGGCCCACGAGUAGACACUCCAGCAUCUAUUGCAUCUAUCAUUUGAGGAUAGCUGCUUGCAUUCGUGUCGGUGUCGCAUCUCUCCAGUAUACAAUGGUGUUUCAACAUUCCCUAGUUUAGCUCUGCCUAAGUUCCUAGCUUUAUUUCUGUGUAUAUCAACCUCAUUAGCUUAUUUAAACCCAAGCAUAUUGUAUGUAUAUUCAUUUAGCACUAAAAUGCUGUGUGGUAAACGUUCCCACAAAGCCACUUCUACAUCCUAUAAUCAGUCGUACGAGUACGAGUACGAGUAUAUAUAAAAUAUAUCACUAAAGGAGACGCUUAAAGGUUAUCAAGAAUAAACGAAAUCACAAAAUGGUUUACGAAAACGGAGAACGAAGCUAAUAAUAAAAAAUAGAUAAAAUAAUAUUGUUAAUUGUUAUGUUGCAUAUUUUACAUGGAGCUAAUCGAUAAAAUAAAU